CUAGCUCUCCUUAUUAGCAUGCAAGUCUACUACGAUGACAGUACAGCAUUGUAACAGUGAAAAAGGAUUUACUCUCUCCAGUUAAGUUUCAUCACCUGGAUUUACAAUAUAUGCAGUUGGAAUGUAACAGUCUUUUAAUGAUGUAGCCCUCUGAAUUUGGAAUUUAACAGAUGAUUUGUGAAAGCAUGUUAAAUUUCGAUCACCGUCAUGUUUUGAUGAAAAGGUCGGAAAGGCCAUUUCCAACAUGGCGACCCUGAAUUACAAUAAUAUCAGGGUAUUUAUGCCACUUUUUAGAUUAUUAUGUGUAGUGUUGUUAAUUUCUUUAAGUUGUGGAACAAAUACAAAGAGGGUACGAGAUGUUACAGAUCGAACUCAGGGUAAAUUAAGCUUGCAUAACAUCGGCGAACAAGAUAAAAAGUUGGCCAAACUAUUUGACGACGGAUACUUCACAGACACGCGACAAGAGAAUGUCUCCCCAAAAGUCUUGGGUGGUAUUGAUAUUGCCAAUGAGGCAGUUAAAAUAUCCAUGCAGUUGCUCUGGAUCACAAACCAAGAAAUUGGCGUAACUGACAUGCAGACAAUCUACGAUAACUUGAAAUAUGAAGAUGAGCAGGCCAACCCGCAGAAGAAGCUGGACUAUGUCACUGAUAGGCUGGCCGGGCGGUUCAAAAACUAUCUACAAGUUCUCAACACCAACAAGAUCACCGUGCAGAACCUGUACAAGUUCCAUGUGAAACAGCCAAUCACCAAGAAGAUUAGUUGUUGUCAUCUUCCUCCGAUGGAAUUCAGUGAAGAGAGUCAGUAUGGCUGUAAGAUCUCGAAGCGCACUAGCUGUGAUUUAUAUCCAGAAAACCUGCCCAGAGGGGCAUUUAACCCUGGGCGAAAUCUCACAGAAGUCUGGAAGAGCAAUAUGCAGUACUUUGACAGUUUGAAAUGGCAGUACUUCAUAUCAGUGGAUGGUGUCCAUACAGAGUACCCGGCCAAUGCCUUCCACGGGGAACACAGGUGUACCAAUGUCCAUGAUUACAGACACAGGACAGUGUUUGUAUCAACAGUACAACCACAGCCAAAACACAUUGUCAUAGUGAUGGACCAUGGAAACUCCCUGAGUGCCAACCAGCUGAAGACGGCCAAGGGCAUCGCCAAACACCUGCUCAACUCGCUGUCAGAGAAGGACAGGGUUGGGGUGGUAGGCCUGGCGUCUCGGCCCACAUUCUCCAGAGCGCCAUCCGACGAUACCUGUAUCCAUUCCUCAAUGGUACCCGUCACAUUUGAAGCCACGCUCUACUUCAGCAAGUUUAUUGACAACCUAGAGAAGGAAGAUGCAUCGACCAACCAUUCUCUAGGAUUCCAAGUUGCAUUCAACAUAAUUGAAAACAUGGUCAAAAAGACAAAGGGAGCAAAAAUCGAACAAGCCAUGAUAAUCUACAUCAGUCGCGGCCUGCUAUCCUCACUGACAGAGGCCAAAGAUGUAAUGGAUGUGAUCUCUCAGCGGAACGGUGUCCUGGGACAUCGCGUCAUCAUCAACACCUACGCAGUCAUUGAUGAUGGAAAGCCGAUUAUGUACGAGAAGAGUUUCCUCCAAGACAUAGCCGACCAGAACUUUCAGAAGUACAAUGUGCGGAUUAGAAGUCCAAAUGAAGUUGUGCCUGGUUUGAUGAUGGCUAUCAAUUACACCAAGGAUCUGAGCAGUUCUGUGGGGCGAUUCUACCUGCCCUUCAAUCGUACCACCAACCAUCACGUCCGAUACUCCCUACCCUAUAUUGAUAAGGCAGAUUCAGCACUGACACUAACCAUCAGCCAGACGUGUUUCCAUGACAACCAGGUGAUCGGUGUGACAGGUGUGGAUCUCCACAUGGAGGACAUCGUACAAGACAUGACAUACUUGGACGGUGACCAGACCUACCUGUUUCUCAUCAACACUGAAGGGUACACGUUGAUGCAUCCCUCGUUCAGUCGCCCCAUUAAGACACAUCUGCAGCCUAUGCACACAGAUAUCUGGCACUUUGAGAAUAUGGAUGGAUUUGUCAAGAUCCGCAGCGACAUGUUGAAUAAGGAGCGUGGAGAGGAAGUGUUAAUGGUACAGAGGAAGGUGACGCCCACCAACUCGUCUGAUCCUAUCGUCACAGUCCCAGAAUUCUACGCCAGAUACAUCUGGAGGAGGGUUGAAGAUACACCAUUCAUUUUGGCUUUAAAAACUGUAUCAGAGAGAAAAGAUCAAAGAAAACUCAUGAACAUACCAGUGUCCAAGGAACCUGAGCUGGUCUACCACAGACUGGAUCUUGUACCCAAGAACAAGAUGUGUCUCCAUCUCAAACAGCUGGCUACGCCUGCGGUGAGCAGUGUGUUCCUGUCGGCCACUAGUUUCUCCGAGCCGUAUUCAUACCUCAGCAAGGAGGAGACUAAGAGGAUGGUCCAGAGUUAUCUUCUGUAUCUGUCCGAUAGUCUGGAGCUACUCACCAAUCCGGGUCUCAAUAAUGGUGUGAGAGAUGACGUGACAGCCACAGGGAGAAUUAACGGCAAGUGGCUGAAUCGGUCCUUCAACAGUAAUCUCAACGAUUACAUCAUCAGGAGGUACAUAGCUACGAGGAGUGGGGUGUUCCGCAUGCUGCCCGGGACCCUGAUGGAGAAAACGUUUGAUCCUACCAAGCGGUCAUGGUACCAGCGAGCAAUGCAGUACCCAGACCAGGUGACCCUCACCUCACCGUAUUUGGACGUGGGCGGGGCUGGAUACAUCACAACUAUCAGCCACACCGUGUUCGAGGGGAAACGGGCACCUCACAGCCCUACCGACCCCAUCGUCGGGGUGAUGGGGAUGGACAUUACUCUAGGCUACUUCUACAAACUGCUGGUGGAAAACAUCCCCAUGUGUCGGCAUCCUACUGUAAAGUGUUUUGUGAUGGACGACACUGGGUACCUGAUCGCCCAUCCAGCUCUGAUUGAACCCAAUGGCAAAGGUCCAGUGGAACAGCAACAUAUUACUCAUCAGGAACCCUUGGUUGCCAAUGACAUCCUGAACCACGAGCAUUUUGUGAGGAAGGAACUUUGUAAUCGAUACAACGACCGCACAGUCCAAAGGUUCUAUAAGUUCAACACCAGUCUUGAAGGAGUACUGACAAACCGCGUACAUGGGGAACAUUGCGCUCGUUAUCAGAUAACACACAUUCCCGGUACGAAUGCCUUCAUUGCCAUUGUAAACCACACCUGUGAUACGGCUACUGCCUUCUGCCCCUGUAGUAUGUUUGACCGGCUGUGCCUGAACUGUAACAGGAUGGAACAGAUCGAGUGCGAGUGUCCUUGUGAGUGUCCACUUGCAAUGAACUUCUGUACUGGAGCCUUACUCAAGGAAGAGGACAUGAACCCCAGCUGUCCACGUUAUCCAGAGCCAGAGAUGCUAUUCCCUCUGGAUAUAGAACUGACAGAAUCCCUGGAUCCAUGCCACAGGCCUGUGUGUACUGAACGCACCAGUAAAAUGACCUGCAUUGGGGUGAUGGGAUGUCAGUGGUGCCAGGUGGCCGAGGAUGGAUUAACUCCCCUGAAGGGGCCUUACUGUGCUGACCAGAGGGUUUGUUUUGGUGGUAUAGAAGGUGCUCAGACUCCUUACGGAGACCAAAUUAAAGCUUUGUUAUACACUGAGCCACCACAGCAGGUGAAGAGUGCCCCAGUUGGGCCGGUGGCAGGUGGUAUUAUGGGAUGUUUCUUGGUGUUGGCUCUGGGCGUGUACUGCUACCGACACCACAUUCAUCGUGACUCCCACCAGUAUAUUACCAGUCUUCCCGACAACCCAAAUCGUAUGUCACAGUACUACGAGGCCGAGGAGGUCGAGCCUACCGACGAUCCUGGCUCAGGUCAUACUAACUUUGUGUUGGCAACAUUUGAUAACGCGGCCAGUGUAUCACCCUACCGCGUUAAUACAUCGUACAGGCGGCCUGCUGGUGGGGAUAGUGACCAUGGUUACAGUACAAUGACUCCACACGAGGACAGUGAACACGCCAGUCUUCCUUGUCUGGAACCUCUCAUUAUUGGCAAGGACCGCUAUAGACCUGGACCUUAUUCAGUGGUGGCCAAAAAUCCCAUAUUACCCCCUCCCCCUAGUAACUAUAGGCGGAGUCGCAGCCCGACUCCGCCCCUAACAAGACUCUCGGGCUGCCAUCAGUCCAUACCUGAGCAAACGUGCAUACCACAAACGAUCAUAAACACUCCUAUACCGGAGUUACCCAAUAAUAUCAUAGCCAAUGUUCAAGUACAUAUGGUGGACACACACUAAAAUCAGUCUCAUUUUAAAUCUUUAAUUUCAUUAUUUAAAUUAAUUUAUCAAGGCCAGCAAAAGUACAAUUAAGUCAUUGUGUUAUAUUUUGUGGUGAAAUUCUUUAUGUGCCCGUAUUCCUGAGGAAUUUCUUCCACAAUAAAAGUAUUUGGAGAAACUGUGUAGGAAAGUUGGAAAGAAUCUCAAUCAGUGGAUACUAUGGAUUACAGAUAGCCGUGAGAGUCGUCUGAAGUGUUUAACAGUGUUGACGUCUGUAUAUAAUCCAAUUAUCCUGAUUACCCCGAUGUCUGAUAGGACAAACUGUGAUGACUUGAACAUGUACCAUGUAGUACAAAAUGGUGUCGAUAAUGUGUCAGGGGAGGCAACCCUGAGCCUUGUUUACCCCCACCUGUCAUAUGGUCAUGUUCUUAUAUAUGACACUGACCCCAUGGAUUUAAAGGUUGAAAAGGCAGGAAUUUGCUGGAAGGGGACAUGAUGAUCUGAAUUUUUUUCUGGAAGGCUUCAGAAAAACCUAAAAGGCCGGAAAAAAAUAUUUUCCAGGUCAUAUAGAAUUUUAUAUAUACCUUUGAAACUGGUGUUCUGCUCCAAUCACCAUUUUAAAGAUUCUAUGUGUUGAUUUGAAUCAAAGACUUUCACAUAUGUAAUUAAUAUUGACAUUUUUGAUGAUGUGUGCCAGGGCUCAUAGCUGUUGACAUUCAGGUUGUAAAUUUGUAAAACCUUCAAUUGGACCAAAAGUCUUGAUUACAAAAUAUGGCUUAAUAGCAGCAAAGGACAAUUGAAAAGUCCUCAUGUCUCUGGGACAAAGUUCAUUAGAAAAUGAUCUCAGGAAAACUUAAAUUUGUUAUCUGGGCAUAUUUGAUUGUACACCAUAUACAUGUAUUGUUGAAUCAAAUGGCAGAAAAAUGUGAAUUGUUAAUUGAACAAAAAGUAAUAUGUAGGUUUCUAUAUAUGAUUAUAUAGGUAACUAGGUUGCUAAAUAUAUAUAUUUACCCUCCUGCAACAAUAUCGAAAUUAAUUCUUUCAUUGCAAACUUUCCAAAAUAUGCAUGGAAUUGAUUUUAAGAAAAGGAACUCUUACAUAGGGGCUGAGUUUUAUGAUUCAUAUUUGUUUUAAUAAUAUAUAACUUUUUAAGAAGACAUUUACAGUUUCCUGUAUAAUGUCUCGAUGAAAGACGAUGGAUGUUUUUAUAAUUUAAAAAAACAGAAAGGUUGUUUUCCUAUUAAUCAAAGGUUGUAAAGAAAAAAUGUUUGACCUCCAUGUCUAUAUUAAAUUAUCAUGCCACAAGAUGUAGUGAAUUUAAAGUAUUGAUUGUCCCCCUUGGUUAUUAAUAAAUAGUUACAUUCACUCGAGUUACUAUUUGCGUGGAUGAAAAUUUAUAGAGGAGCAUGAAGAUCAGAGAGGGUGGAAGAUAUAGUUUAAAAUCUUUCCAAUAAACAUCUGUUUAUAGAUUUGUAAUGAUAUAUAUACAUACAGAUGUUUAAUGUCAACAACUACUAAGAUGAAAUCAUAAAUAUGAUAUUUAUUUAGAAUUUAAAUUUAUUUAAUAGUGCUAUUUCAAUGGAUAUAAAUCUAUCGCUACUCAAUGUUUAAUGAAAAACAUGCUAAUAGAAAAAAAUCCAUUUGCUGAAUUAAAAGUUUAAUUUGUGGUCUAAUGUAUGAAGCAAUUUCUGAUUUUCCUUCCUGUUCAUUCUGGUUCUUUUAUUUGAAUCAACAUAAAAUUGUUGAUUUUGGGAAGGGAUGGGAUUUUUAUAUUGUAUGAUGUAACAGAGGAAAUGGGGAAAAUAUUUGAAGGAGUUGCUUCCCCUUUAUAGGAUGAAACUGCUGAAUAAUUAUGCAAGUUGCUGGUGACAGUAUCGUUUGUCUCCCUGCUCUCUUAUCAAUGUAUGCAAACCUGUUUCUCUGUGCAAUUGUUGUUUGGUUAUUCAUGUUGAGUAAUUCACAAAACAAAUGGAGUUUUCUAUUGUGCCUAAAUUUAUGUUGCUGACCUGUGCGGAUUGCUCAUAACGGUGCAUUUCUUGCUACUCGUGUAUGUUAAUGACUAUAUUAGGGAGAUGAUUUCAUCCACUAACUGCCAAAACACCCCAAUAAAGCUAUUUAUGCAGACUUUUAUUUUUCAGCUAGAAAUAUUUAUUUUGUUGAAUGUUAUAGCCAGAUUUGUAUCUUGUGGCAUCCCACAAAUUGUCUUAACAAAAGAAUUAUGGAAGGUAGCAUAAUUAUUAAUUGGUAAUAACACUGGAAAUUUAGGUAGUAUUUAAUAUCUUCAUCAAAUACAUGCAAACAAUGAGAGUAUUUUUUUUCUUUGUCGAACACGUGUUCCAUCUGGCUGCAAGAAUGCAAUAGAUGGAAGCAGUUGUUCGAUAAUAAAAAAUAAUUGAGACAAAUAUAGCUGAUUAUUACAUCUCUAAAGCUUCUGUCAAACUAUAAUUAUAAAAUUAUUAAAUAUUACAAAAACUAUAAAAUAUUAAAUAUGAAAAUAUUAAACAGAUGGGGUGGGUGGUGAAGUGUAACAGUUGAUUUAUUCUAUGCAUUAUGGAUGAUAAAUGAAUACAUCAUGGUUUUGUUAAACAUUGCACUUGGUGGUCUCUUUUAAACAACCCAGGGAGAGUUACUGCGAGAGUCCUAAUUGAUCUUAAAUUUUUUCAAAGAUUGAAGUUUUAUGUAUGUUAACUUAAACAUUUAUAAGGUUUUUAGACUACCUAUAGGUGAUGUGCGAAUUUAACCAUUAAUGAUGUGUAUCUUCAUAAUUUUUCUAUCUCAUAAUUUUAAUUGAUAUUAGAUUUGUUUAAAAGUAUUAAAUGUUAAAACAACUUAGUAUUUUUCCAGUAUUUGCUGUAUCCAAAGUAUUUUUAUUGAAGUCCUUGAGAGGUGCCAAUAGUUCGUUAUUAAAAAGGUUAGCCUAAAUGUGGAUCUAAGGUCUAAAUCUGGAGCACAUACAAACUGCACAGGGGUUCAAAUGUUAAAAUAGGAGAUAUUUAAGAACAUUUUAUGGAAUUUCUCGAGAGCUGGUACAAACGCCAAAUUAGGGAGAUGUAUACACCGGUAUGUCUUCGUUUUUACAGAAGGAAGACAAUUAUUUAGGUACAAUUGGUGUCCCAGAAGUGAUUUUAAUAUUAUUUUUAACCCAAAGCAAUAUUUUUUAUUUUCUCGUGAUUUGAAAAAGAAUAUUUUUAAAUGUGUGUCAAGAAUUUAAUUUUGUUGCAUUAUUGCCAUCAUUCUUUUGUUGGUCUAUGCAUUCGAUGCCCCAGAGGAAGACUAUUGAAUAGCUUAAUCCUGUAAUGUGAAAUUGAGUUUAUGAACUAAUGAUCAUGAUAUUAAGAUGUAUUUCACAUUCAUCUUCAGAAAUUUCAGUUUGCUUUUGUAUGCUAUAAUAGCCAUUUCAUCUCUUUCAGUUUCCUCGUAACCUCCAGCUACAACAUAGGGAAAGAAAGUCUCUAAUUUAAGUGUGGAGAGAAAAACAUAUUUUAAAAAUGAUGGUUAUGUUGCAUUUUAUCCUUCAUCAGGAAUUAAUGUAAAAGUAGACUUUCAGUAAAACCUUGUUAUACUGUCACUGACAUUAUAUAGGGGAUUUGACAGUUUAAAGAGGGAAACAUACGACUGGGACCAUGAACUGUUUUGGUGGUAAGCCAGUUAGAAAAUGAAACUAGUGGCAUUAUAUUGAGGUAUACUGUUUAUGUUGGUAUUUCUGUCCUAUUUUGUUUGUCUCACCUGUGUGACAUUGUCCUCUCACCUGUGUGACAUUGUCCUCUCACCUGUGUGACAUUGUCCUCACAGGUGUAGGUAUGAGCCCCACUCUCAAUAUCUCGGUUCCUUGUACCGCUAUAAAAUUUGAAUACAUGUAUGUGUGGGUAUGGUCUCCUUCCUCGUCUAUCCCACCCCGUUUGAUUUAAUUAUGUAUCUCUGUCAGUUAGUAUGUACAUGUUUGUGAGGGUACGAGCCCUCUCUAUCCCCAACCUCCCAUUUGUUUUACUUAUGUAUAUGUCUGUGAGGGUAUGAGCCCGAGCCCUCUCUAUCCCCAACCCCACAUUUGUUUUACUUUUGUAUAUGUCUGUGAGGGUACGAGCCCUGUCUAUCCCCAACCCCACAUUUGUUUUACUUUUGUAUAUGUCUGUGAGGGUACGAGCCCUGUCUAUCCCCAACCCCACAUUUGUUUUACCUUUGUAUAUGUCUGUGAGGGUACGAGCCCUGUCUAUCCCCAACCCCACAUUUGUUUUACUUAUGUAUAUGUCUGUGAGGGUACGAGCCCUGUCUAUCCCCAACUUCCCAUUUGUUUUACUUAUGUAUAUGAUCACUUAUCAACAUUUAACAUGUGUAUGUAGAUUUUGUACAUGUCAUAUGUAAAAUGUUCAGUUUUGACUACCUCAGUUUGAAAGUUUUGUAAAUUUUGGCCAUCAGAAUUCAGCUUCAUUGGUAUUUAUUAUUGUGAGAAUUUCAUGAACCAUUAAUCUCCUUUCCUCUCCCAGUCCUAUCAUGUGACCCGUCUUAUUUCCCUCACCCAAACCCAUCUCCUUUCUUUGUUCCCUCUUCCUUGCUUUCAAAAUCCUCCUCAUUCCCCACCAGUAACAAUAAUCCCAAGUCCCAACUCAUACCCCCAAAACCAUCCCUAUCCCUGCCAGUAUCUACAUCCCAAGUCCAAACCUGUACCCCCCAAAACCCUCUACAUUCCCCACCAGUUACUACACCCCAAGUCCUCACCCAUACCCCCAAAACCAUCCCGAUUCCUGCCAGUAACUACAUCCCCAAGUCCCCACCCGUACCCCCAAAACCCUCCACAUUCCCCACCAGUAACUACACCCCAAGUCCAAACCCAUACCCCCAAAACCCUCCACAUUCCCCACCAGUAACUACACCCCAAGUCCAAACCCAUACCCCCAAAACCCUCCACAUUCCCCACCAGUUACUACACCCCAAGUCCUCACCCAUACCCCCAAAACCCUCUUCAUUCCCCACCAGUAACUACACCCCAAGUCCCCACCCGUACCCCCAAAACCCUCCACAUUCCCCACCAGUAACUACAUCUCCCUGUCCCCACCCAUACCCCCAAACCCCUCCCUGUUCCCUGACAGUCACUACCCUUUCCCAUCUCCCUGUUAAUCCUUGUUUGUCGUGUUAUAACCUGUACCCGCCCUGGGCUGCUCAAGUGUCGGCCUAAACAUACAGUUGAUUUUAAGUUAGGUCUGAACGUGUAAUGUCAACUGUGGUCUCUCAUUUACCGGGUGUCCACUACCCACUGUGGAUGAGAAUCUUGUAUACAGGUUUUUGUGCAGUGAACCCAUUGUUAAUAGAUUAGAUAUUUUUGGUUCACAAAUCACUGACCAGAUUAUGAAAAAGAGCAAAGUAUAAUUGCUCGAAAUUACAUUACUUUUAUUUGAAAAGGAAAUAUUCCCAAUGAAUAAUAAACAUUGUGAAAUAAGUACCUUGUCUAACAAGAGGUUACAAAAGUCAGGUUUUAAGACUUAAUAUGUGAAUAUAGUGCUAAUAUAAUAUUAUAUACUAAAAAUGUUGUUGUAUUCUAUGUUUAUAGAAUGCAAUAUAUUUUGUAUAGGAUAUGCAGAUAGUUUAUAUUAGAGGGGAUUCAAAGUGUUGUUAAAUAAAUUUUAUUUAUGGAUUUUAAAAUUAUUUGAAACCACCUCUAAUGAAAUGUAUGAGAAUUGUGAAUUGAAUUGGAAACUAAACAGAACUCCCUAGUAAAAACUAUUACAGAAUAUUGUGACAAAUAUUUAAUGUAGAGCAUACAUUAAGAUAAUUAAAAGACACCUUUCUUUCAUGAGGUAGUAAACAAUAACAUCAUUUUGAGUUUAGGGACCAUGUCUGGUAAUUUUUGUUGAAGAUGUAAUUAGGAUUACAAAAUUAUUUAGAGUUGUCUCCCCUUAGCAUGUAAUGCUUUUGGGUCCGUUUCAGAUUCGUUCUCUGUAAUUUCAGGGGCUCAAUGUUGGCAAAUAUCAUGAUAACCCAUUAUGGUAUCCCAUUUAUCAUUUUCAUUCUGUUUCAUUUUCACCCAAAGUUGUCAAAAUUAAAUAAAAUAUUAACCAUUGAUUGAUGAGAGGUUAAGGGGAGUUGUCUUACCAAAACUUGUACAAGGCUGCUCUCCCUUCCCUAUAGUUUGUUCCAAAAUUGUUGUAACAUUUUAUAUGUUGUACCAGUUGGUGCACUUUUGCAUCAAAAUAUUUUGUAAUAAAAUAUGAAAUGUGA